UGCUCAGAAGGGGGUCUAGUUCAAAAUGCGAACAUCGGUAUGCGAGAUGAACGCGGAUACACUGUGCUUGCACUAGCAGCCCGUCACGGCUUUAGAGACAUUGUCUUGCAGUUGCUACAUCGUGGAGCGAAUCCAAACACCAGGAGUUACCAAGGAACCGGUGUACUGGCCCAUACAGUAGUACAUCUAUCCCGAGCACAGAAGACUCAAGACGACAGAUUGUAUGCAAGGAUCCUGUCCUGUUUAGUGGUUUUGACAGACCAUGGUGCUAAGCCUAAACCUUCGGCCUAC